AUGGCACCGGGUUUUGGAGGUUCGACGAGCGUCUAUGGGUUUGAUACCCAGGCAGAAGCUUCAUUACCAGAAAGCAAUUUCUCAUCGUCCCAGUCAGACUCCGAUUCAUCUCAGGAUAGCCAGUCAUCGUCCCAGUCAGACUCCGAUUCAUCUCAGGAUAGCCAGUCAUCGUCCCAAUCAGACUCCGAUUCAUCUCAUGAUAGCCAGUCAUCGUCGCAAUCAGACUCCGAUUCAUCGCAGGAUAGUCAGUCAUCGUCGCAAUCAGACUCCGAUUCAUCGCAGGAUAGUCAGUCACCUUCCGCAUCCUCGGCGUCCGAGUCUUCGCAGGAUGAACAGUCAUCGCCCACAUCUUCUGGAUACUUUUCGAUAGACCAGGAUCCCGAACACACUCUUGCUAGACAGCAAAGUUACUCAGAUCUACAGAGAAUGGUUGAUGAAAGCAUCGGGGCGACCGAGCCCCUUGCUACCGCCGCUGCCGACGCUGAAGCAAAACUGCGAAAGGCAGUAGCCGAUGUCAAAGAUUGCCGUCUACCCUUCUUCGAAGCGCAGUUCAUCGUUGAAAAGCUCGACACUCUCGAAAAGGUGACGAAGGAACGUGAUCACGCCCAUCAACUCGCCUUGAUAGGGGACUAUGUUGCGUCCAUCUGGAACGCCGUGUGGCCAGUUAUCAAACACAAGGUUAAAGAUAGCUCGGUGGAGAAUGUAUGCCUCUACUGGAAGGAACUGAAAGCCGAAGAAGAAAACGGAGAUCCAUCAGAUCGGUCCAUGGAGCAGACCCUCGAAGAGUCGUUGUCGUUUAUCUUGGAAAACGGCGGGCCAGCCCUUGAGUUGGAUACUGUGAAACGGGCGAUUGAACUCUACGCCGAACGGAAUACCAUGUUUCAUGGUGAGCGAGCAGUCGAUGCUAGUGGACCGGAUACUGCUGAAAUGGAGGAACUAUGGUCUUUGGAAGAGCGGCAGGUGCUAAAACGGAUUAUCGACUUGAAGCCCGAUGCGGCAAAAUGGUGCAGUACCGUCCAUCGCCGAGUUAGGCAAGCUGAAGGGGGCCCUGGGGCAGGAUUUCGACAAGCAGGCAGGAAGAUGGUGAAGAAAGCCAUAGAAGUGGCAAGGAUGUUGGCAGCCAAGGUGACAGUGAGAUAA